AUGUCGGACGACAAGUUGACGCAUAGCGCCGAGGGAAUGUAUACGCCGGAAGGCCGCAUCCAGACUAUCCAGGCCAACUGGGGUCGCGACACCAAAGCCUGGUUCCCUGAAGGCUGUCACGUGGAAUCUGAGCCCAAGGAUUGGCCGCUGGAGUUCCUGAUGAGAAUUGCUGAGCUGUCGCAACUCUCUGGUGCUGAUGGCCGCGAGAAUGCUGUUCGUCUUAUGGCGGAGAGUAUCGCAAAGCGCGGUUGGCACAAUGUCACUCAUAAGUGGCCGGUCACCAGAGACAUCAGGUUUGCGAUUUUCGAGUACUCUGCACUUAUCGCUGGUGGAGGUUCCGGCGGCAAUGUGGCAGAGGGCGCCGGUGCUGUUUCUACGCAGCCCACCAGCGCGGAUAAUGGUGUCGCCUCUGCGCAGUCUACCAACGAGGACAAUGUUGCCGCCUCUGUGCAGCCUACGACCGCGAAUAAUGUUGUUGGCGCCGCUACUUCUAGCACCACUGCAGAUAAGUGGUUGGUGCCGAUUGCAGAGGAGGACAAGGCCGAAUUCGAUCGCCUUCUCAACCUUGCCAAGCGCGAACUUCCCAAGGACAUGGCGCCGUCGGCCACCAACCUCGAGCCGUUCUACCUUGAAGCAGUCGCCCGUGCCUACGUCAACGGCGGUACUCGCGGUGCCGCCUUCAACCAGCCGAAGCAAGGAGCCACAGUCAUGACACCCGAGACUGCUCAACUCGGCCCGUACCACGGUUUGAAGAACAGCACCGGGCCGUUCAUCACAACUACCACCGGGUACAAGAACAUGGCAAACGCGGAGGAGAACGAGAAGGCAAUCAUCCGCCUCGAGACAAACUUCCACACUUGUCUUGCCACCAUCCUCCAGGACCCCGCGCUCAAGGCGACGGAGAUCUUCAAGCUGCCCGCGGAUAUCCUGAGCAGGCUGGCAACCAUCGUCGAGGACUUUGAAAUCACCUCUCUGUCCGAAUUCCAAGCCCUGUUGGACCAGACGCUGCGCGAAGCUACCUCGAACAGGUCCAACAACUGGCCCGAUGGCAGGAAGCCCAACCUCAGCAUAGUGAAUGUCCGGCAGCUGCAAGUCAACCUGGACAGGCAGAGGAGGGAGGGGUUGGAGGAGUUAGAAAGGGCCGAGAAAGAGGAGUUGGAAAGGGCCGAGAAAGAGGGUGAGUUCAUCAUGAUUGUCAAGCUCAAGGCCCCAAGGGCUUUCCUCCAAGGCCUUUCAAGCCCUGACGAGUUCGCAGAGGAGGCUCGCGCCGCUACUGCUCAUCCUUCGCCUGCGCCGUCGACUGGCAAUGCUCCGACCCACCCACAACCUGACGGCGGUGCUGCCGCUUCUCAAGAACAGGAAGACGCCAACCAGGAGGUAGCGGGCGCAGCAAGCAAAGGCGACACCGCAGAAGACCCCAUCACGAUCACCUCGUCCGACAACGGCGACUCCUCCUCAUCAAGCGACGAUUCGGACGCCGACAAGAAGGACGACGUCCCGACCGGCGUCCCCCACGGUCGCCGCCGCUCGCGCUCUCCGUCCGACGACGACCACCCCAGCAGCCUGCACCCAGCCGCCCAGCGGCGCCGCCUCGAAGACGACGACGACAUCGAGGACCUCAUCCGCUCCGACCCCGUCUUCGCCCAGCAGCUGCAGGAGGUCAAGGACAUGGGCAACAAGCUCAGCGACUGCGUCACCGCGGCCCACGAGCUGACGGCGCGCAGCCGCAGGCUCGAGGACGAGCUGGCCGUCGCCAGGCGCGAGCUGGCGCGCCGCAACCAGGAGCUCGCCGGCGCCAACCACGACAACGGGCAGCUCCGCGAGCAGAACCGCGUCUUGCAGGAGCAGCACGCGCGCCAGAUGCGCUGGCGCCAGGGUCAGGCUGAUGAGCUGAGGCGCCAGGUUGAACGCGUUGAGGGGGAGAAGAGGGUUGUGGAGGAGCAGAAGAGGGCUGCCGAGGAGCAAGUCGCGGCGUUGGAACGCAGGCUGGUCGAGGAGCAGCGUGGUGGUGGUGGUGGUGGUGGUGGUGGUGGUGGUGGCGCCGCCGUCGACCAGCAGCUCGUAGAUAGCGUCGGCCGUCUGACUAACAGCAACGCUGAGCUGGCCAUGGCCGCCCACCAGGCGCAGAACACCAUCACCGGCCUCCGGCUUGAGAACCGCCGGUUGGCGGAGGAGAAUGCGAGGCUCAGGGCUGUGGCUGUGGCGAACGUGCUUGGCAGCAACCGUGCUCCGGGCGGACAUGCGGGUAACCAGGCUCCGGGCGGAAAUGGGGUCUGA